AUGGGCGAACGCAUGCCCAUCAAAAUUUUGGAACACGGCAGGCUUCAAGAUUAUGAUGUCGAUCCCUCGAGAAUUGGGUUUAGAUGGGUGACCAUGGAGACCGAAAGGUGGGUGAGCGUGAAGAAACUUUGCGUCGUGACCAAGAACUCCGUGUAUCACUGGUCACUGGACGGAACCACCACCCCCGCGAAAAUUUUUGAUAGACAUGCUGACACGAAGAAUUGCGAUGAGAUCAUCGACUAUCUCGUGGACGCCGAAGAAAAGUGGAUGCUCGUGGUUGGGGUGAAGGUGAUGGAUGGGAACAUAAUUGGGCUCAUGCAACUCCACAAGAGAGGUACCGAUAAGGAUAGAAUAAUACAGGGUCACGCUGCGAUGUUUACGUCGGUGAUGGUGGAGCGCGGAAUAUAUCCCACGAAAUUUUUUAUUUAUGGCGCGCGUGAUCAAGAUUCUUCGAAGCUUCACAUAACGGAGAUGGAUCACCGAGAGGAGAACCCGGUGAUACCGGACAAGACAGUUGACAUCUUUUGCCAAUCGGAAGACACCAACGACUUUCCCAUAUCGAUACGGGUUAGCAAGAAAUACUAUCUAAUCUUCCUGCUAACAAAAAACGGCUACGUUCAACUAUUCGACCUGGAGACCGGGAUAUGCAUUUACGUGGAGCGGAUUAGUCUCUCAAGCGUUUUCGCGUCGGUCCCAGAUGAUUUGGGAGGAAUUGUUGGGGUGAAUCGGACUGGACAGAUUCUGUCCGUAGAGAUAGAUGAAGCGUAUAUCAUCACUCACAUUCGCAACAAUCUAAACAAUCGAGAUCUGGCAAUCCGGUUGGCCAGAAAAAACAAUUUGCCCGGAGUCGAAGAUUUAUUUCCUGAUGACACCGACAAUUCUGAUGAUAUAAUCUUAUGA